AUGUCUAAAGCCGUCCGCAGUGUCUGGCGUAGACAUUACGGUACGCAACUAUCCUUUCCAGGACAAGACGAGAAGAAGGUGCACGACUGGGAGGCACCUGCAUGCUCGGCUACGGAGUCCCCCUCAUCGAGCUCGUCAUCACCUGAAGCCAGUAUCAAGCACAGCCGGCAACUACGCAAGGCAUUGAAACGGGGUCUAGCGGCACCGAACCAGGAGAUCAGGAACAUCAGAUCCUCCACUCUGCCAGCACAGAGGAGAAACGACACAUUAUCCGAGAGCGCGCCGAAGACCCACUCAGACACGCCCCUCCAGCUUCCGCCGCUGGCUGGCACAUGGUCGGCAUCAUCGCUCUGCAAAGCACCAAAGGAGUUUGCAGCUGUCUCUACCAAUCGGCAAUUCGUCCCAACUACCGAUCCGCAGGCUGAAGUAGCAGAUCUUACAGAACGACGGAUGCCUAUUGAUGAAAGAGAGACAAGAAUCUCUACCACGGAAAGGAAUCUAGGGGCAAGGGAGGCGCGUCUCCCAAUCAGGGAGGAAAAUGUUUUUGAGCGGGAGGACGCAUUGUUGGAGCGGGAGACGACGUUGAUGGAGAGAGAGAGGGCUUUUGUGCUGAGGAAUCAGGCGGAACUUUGA